AUGGACGGCAAAAAAUCAUCCCAUCAAAACUCUUAAAGAGCUCUUAAAAAUCCUGUGCACUAAAUGAAGAUCUACGAGGAAUUUAUUCAUAAAGAAAAGAAUUAUUCCCAUAGAAACAAAACAGAGGAGUUUAAUAUGAGACCCUAAACAAUCCACAAUAUUUCUGAAAAGCCAAAUCAUAUAACUCCAGUGAACCCCUAUCUAGAUAAGAAAACUGAAUCGCUCAACGAUGAUGUGGUGGAUAGAGCUUUUAGAAUAGAUGCUAUGAGAAGAUAGAUUUAAUCAGCAGGCUUGCAGCCAAGAUAGAAAUACCCACAUGCAAUGACUAGCAACUAAGAAAUUGGAUGGUAUUCUAAUCCCCUUGUUCCAUAGAAUAAAGCUUGGCAGUUCAAUAGACUUACGACCCCAAUUACCGAUUAUGCUGAAGAUUACCUAUCAAUGAAAAAGGUUAAUCCAUUCACUGUGAGAAAUAGAUGA